CACGACUUUUACCGGACAUUCACAUUUUGAAAGAGCCUGUCUGUCGUCAUUCACCGGUAAGACCUACCAUGUCAGCGCCACCCUCUACGUCUCCCGCCCAGAGUGAGAACCCCCCUCCAGAAAAUGAAGGUCUGACUGUGGACAGUGGUCUGACGCCUGCCGGACCGACACCGAGCCAGAGUAGGUUUCAAGUAGAUCUCGUGGCAGAAGCAGCCGGCGUCACCACUGGCCAAGACAAAACACCCGACUCCGAUGCCUCCCCACAGGCAUCUGGCGACAGUGCCGCUCCCGCCACAGAUGUGGCUCCUAAUUGUUCGGGGGAAGUCGCAGCUGGUGGCGAGGAGGCGAAGGGCAGAUUUCGGGUGGUGAACUUUGUGGAUCCAAGUGGGGCCUCGAGCCCAGAUGCUGCACCCUCCGACGGCAUCCAGAACGGAGACACCGUAAUGAGCGAGGGCAGUCUACAUUCUUCAACUGGAGGCCAGCAACAUUAUCACUACGAUACUCACACCAACACCUAUUACUUGAGGACUUUUGGCCAUAACACCAUUGAUGCCGUGCCGAAAAUCGAUUUCUACCGGCAGACUGCUGCGCCCUUGGGGGAAAAGCUCAUCAGACCCACCCUAUCAGAGUUGCAUGACGAGCUGGAUAAGGAGCCAUUUGAGGAUGGCUUUGCCAAUGGUGAAGAACUGACCCCUGCUGAGGAGGCUGCCAACAAAGAGGCUUCUGAGUCCAAGGGUGUAGUGAAAUUCGGAUGGAUCAAAGGCGUUCUGGUGCGCUGCAUGUUGAACAUUUGGGGUGUGAUGCUCUUCAUUCGUAUGACGUGGAUCGUGGGUCAGGCAGGAAUUGUAUACGCUUGCGUCAUUGUCGCCAUGGCAACUGUUGUGACUACCAUCACUGGCGUUUCAACCUCGGCGAUAGCGACCAAUGGUUUUGUGCGAGGAGGAGGGGCAUAUUAUCUGAUAUCGCGAAGUUUAGGUCCAGAGUUUGGCGGCUCCAUUGGUCUCAUUUUUGCCUUUGCCAAUGCUGUGGCUGUAGCCAUGUAUGUCGUGGGCUUUGCGGAAACAGUUGUGGAGCUUCUCAAAAAUGGUGACAUGUUGAUGAUUGAUGAGAUCAACGACGUCCGUAUCAUCGGAACAAUCACUGUCAUCAUUCUCCUUGGGAUCUCUGUUGCAGGGAUGGAGUGGGAAGCCAAGGCACAGAUCUUCCUACUGGUUGUCUUAAUCACUGCCAUCUUCAAUUAUUUCAUUGGAUCUUUCAUCCCUGUACAGUCUAAGGAGGUCUAUGGUUUCUUCGGCUAUGAUGUUGGAAUUAUGAUGGAGAACAUGGGUCCAGACUUUCGAGGAGAAACAUUCUUCUCUGUCUUUUCUAUCUUCUUCCCCGCAGCUACUGGCAUUCUUGCUGGUGCCAACAUCUCAGGAGAUCUUGCUGAUCCACAAAUGGCCAUUCCAAGAGGCACCCUUCUGGCUAUUUUAAUCACAGGAAUAGUUUACAUGGGUGUUGCUGUCUCCACUGGUGCUUGCAUUGUGCGUGAUGCUACACUUGCCGUGACCAAUGCAACUGUGAACUGCACAGAUGCAGCAUGUAAAUUUGGCUAUGAUUUCUCCUCCUGCAAGCCACCACCUGGGGAAUUGUCAUCCUGCUCAUAUGGCCUCCACAAUGACUUUCAGGUUAUGAGUGUGGUGUCUGGUUUUGGACCCCUUAUCUCAGCCGGGAUCUUCUCCGCCACACUUUCCUCAGCCCUGGCCUCCCUCGUCAGCGCUCCCAAAGUGUUUCAGGCCUUGUGUAAAGACAACAUCUACCCCGGCAUUGGUGUGUUUGGUAAGGGCUACGGCAAGAACAACGAGCCACUCCGUGGCUACUUCCUGACCUUUGGUAUUGCUCUGGGCUUCAUUCUCAUUGCUGAGUUGAACACCAUUGCUCCCAUCAUAUCCAACUUUUUCCUGGCCUCCUAUGCCCUCAUCAAUUUCUCGGUGUUUCACGCCUCUCUCGCCAACUCUCCUGGAUGGAGGCCCAGCUUCAAGUACUACAACAUGUGGGUGUCUCUGGCGGGGGCCAUGCUCUGCUGCGUGGUUAUGUUUGUCAUCAACUGGUGGGCUGCCCUGCUGACCAAUGUCAUUGUGUUGUCUCUGUACAUCUAUGUCAGCUACAAAAAGCCAGAUGUGAACUGGGGCUCUUCGACACAAGCACUGACCUACCACCAGGCUCUGACACACAGCCUGCAGCUCUGCGGUGUGGCCGACCAUAUCAAAACCUACAGACCUCAGUGUUUAGUGAUGAUUGGCGCUCCCAACUCCCGUCCAGCUCUCCUCAACCUGGUCCAUGCCUUCACCAAGAACGUUGGCCUCAUGGUUUGUGGCCAUGUCCGCAUUACUUCUCGCAAACCCAACUUCAAGGAGCUGAACAAUGAUAUUGUGCGCUACCAACGCUGGCUCCUUAACAACAACUCCAAGGCUUUCUACACGCCCGUGGUGGCUGAGGACCUACGACAGGGCACACAGUACCUGCUACAGGCGACUGGACUUGGAAGGCUCAGGCCAAAUACAUUGGUACUGGGUUUUAAGAACAACUGGAAGACUGGCGAUAUGAAGGACGUGGAGACAUAUGUUAACUUGAUCCAUGAUGCCUUUGACUUCCAGUACGGCGCCGUCAUUCUCAGACUGAGAGAAGGACUUGACAUUUCCCACAUUCAAGGCCAAGACGAUGCGUCAGGUAUGAAGGACGUGGUGGUCUCCAUUGACAUGAGUAAAGACUCUGGCGCUGACUCAUCGAAACCUUCAUCUAAGGCCACCAGUGCUCAGAACAGCCCUGCUGGACAGAAAGAUGACGACGAUGACGGCAAAGCCCCUACACAGCCCCUGUUGAAAAAAGAUAAAAACAGUCCUACAAUGCCUCUAAACACGACAGACCAGAAGCUAUUGGAGGCCAGUCAACAGUUCCAGAAGAAGCAAGGCAAGGGCACAGUGGAUGUGUGGUGGCUGUUUGAUGAUGGAGGCCUGACCCUGCUGAUCCCCUACUUGCUCACUAACAAGAAGAAAUGGAAGGAUUGCAAGAUCCGCGUGUUCAUCGGUGGCAAGAUCAACAGGAUUGACCAUGACCGCAGAGCGAUGGCCACACUGCUCAGCAAGUUCAGGAUUGACUUUUCCGACAUCACUGUCCUGGGAGAUAUCAACAUUAAACCCAAGUCUGACAACAUCGCAGCUUUUGCACGCCUGAUUGAGCCGUACAGACUGAAGGAAGAUGACAUGGAGCAGGAGGCGGCUGACAAGUUGAAGGCCGAGGAGCCCUGGAGGAUCACUGAUGAUGAGAUCGAGAUGUUCAAGGCCAAGAGUAAUCGUCAGAUCAGACUGAAUGAGCUGUUGAAGGAGCACUCAAGCACAGCCAACCUCAUCGUCAUGAGUAUGCCGUUAGCCAGGAAAGGGGCGGUGUCCAGUGCCCUGUACAUGGCCUGGUUGGACACUCUGUCCAAGGACCUCCCCCCUAUCCUGCUGGUGCGUGGUAACCACCAGAGCGUCCUUACCUUCUACUCGUAGACACUGGACCCUACCUUCUUUUUGGGCUCAAAUCUUACACUUCACCAAACACCAACACACUUACAAUC